CAACGCUGAUUCAUCAAUUUUUUCUGUCAUAAGUGAAAAAAUGUCGGCUCAUAGUGGUGGUUCUACGGACUGGAGUUCCGUGGUUAAACCACUUUUAAACAAUCGUUAUGGAGUUUUAAAUAAAAAUGAAAUUCUCAAUAUCAUUAAGGCCAUCACCCGGUGUGAAAAUGAACUUUUUGAUGAGGAAAAUAAUUAUUUGCAGUUUUAUACGGCUUUUGCUGCUUUAGCUGCUGAAAAAUUAAGUCAAUGCAAACUUGUAUCCCAAACACAAGUACCACACAUUCAUGAGGCAUGCGCCAUUCUAAUACGUUUCAUUAUCUUACGUUUGAGUAAGGUCAGUGUAUAUGAAAUCAAAUGGUUAUUGCCGGCUCUAAAAAGUCUUUGCGAAGGCAAAACAAAUACACAAACAACCACAAAUGGCAGUAAUACAGCCUCAAAUGCAGGCUCUGCAAAUGCUUCAAUAACUGGCAUUAGCAGUGGUGGAGGAGGAGGAAAUACUUUACAAUUUGAUUAUAAUAUUGUGACAUCCGUAUUAAAAUCAAGUAAAUAUCCAGAAAAUACUAAAAGUAUUGUAUCGACCAGCAGUUCCGCCGGAACAGGCAACAAUGCAGGCGAUAAAGAUUCACCAAAAUCGGAAAUAAAAAGAUCACGUUCAGAUUUAUCUUCAAUAAUCAUACAACAAUUGACAGCACCUUUGGAAGCGGGUAAAAUAACAUGGGCUCCGCUGAGCGAAGAACAAACAGAUUGUUCGGAAAUGUUCUCCGCUUCAAAUACCUCUUAUUUACAAUCCCUAAAUGGAGCAGACUUAAUAUUAGAUGUCUGCUCUUCUUUACCCAUAUUGACACGUUAUCGUCUCAAAUACCAAGAGACUAUAGCAAAUUUAGCUGGAAAACCCUUGUAUCUACCUUUGACACAAGUUGAAGCUACACAAAUUAAAAAUACUUUAACCCAUAUGGUCACGGACAUAUCGAUUCUUUCGCAAGCCUUGACUUUACCAAUUUUACAGCCUUUGUCACCCAGUCGUAUAGCUAAGUUAUCAAAAUGCGCCAUUUCUGCUUUGUACUGUGCAGUUUUGACUUCUAUAGCCAGCAGUGUUUUAAAUAUGUCUUCAUCGACCGGUAGCACCAAAACCCAACAAACCUCGUCGGCAGCAGCUGGCUCUACUGCUUCGGCUUCUACACAAACAUCCGUCAAAGAUGCGGAUGAUAAUGAAGAAAAUGCUCGUUUUAUAGUGGAUAGAGCUUUGGAAAUUUAUACCACUAUAGGUUUAAUGUUUAAGAACUCUGCUCGUUCUCAUAUUUAUCAAAAUCAUUUGUGCUUUGGUGCCUGGUUGUUGGUUAGUGGUAUACAAGGAGCUUUAGGCGCUUCGGGCAGUUCUAAUGCAGGCCUUAAUAAAGAAGAUAUUAAGCAAUCGAAAACAAAAGCCUCUGAAUCUCUUCAAGCAACACCACCCACAGCUUCGGCUAGAGUAAAUCUAUUUAAGGUGCAACAGGGUUUUGGUGUCUUAAAUGCCGCCAUAGCCAAUCAUUGCAUUAAACUUUUGACGGAACUUAUAGAAGAUUUAAAAAUUGAAACAACUUCAUCCUUGGAUAUGCCACCAGCAACUGGAGGACAGGCAAACACUUUGCCGGAACCAGCAAAUUUCGAUGUUUUGGAAAACUACUCCACUCUUCAAAGAGUAAUGCGUGUUUUGAACACUGCCACCUUACAUCAACUCUUUACCUUCUUGGCCACAGUGACCUAUCGUAAGGCCUGUAACUUGAAACGUUCUAAUGCUAAAGAUCGUACAGAAUGUGAACCUAUCAGCUAUUCUGAUUCUACAACCUAUUUCAAUGAUACUCUCUCCUGUUCGGACAAUUCCGAAGAAGAUGAUAGUGAAAGUUAUUUGGGUCAUUGGUUUAAAGAAACUCUACAGCCCGAAUCAAAUGAAGAUAAUAAUUCAGCCGAAGCUUCAGAGCGUAAUAAUGAAGCACAAAAAUCUAAUUUAGUGCCAGCUCUAGAUGAACCUCAUGAAUAUUUGGAUUUGGCUGCACAGAUUUUCUCUUUUAUGGAUCAGUUUUUCUCACAAAAACAUUCAUAUUUGCAACGUUAUGUUAAGGCCGGUUUGUCCGAUCAACAAAUGCUUUUAAUGGCUAAUAUAUUAAAAGAUUUAGAUCGUGAUUCGGCAAGAGGAGAAACUGAAGCAGCUCCUUGCAAUAAAUGGCAAUCGGCUAUGAUAAGAUUUUCAGGUGCUGUAGGACGUUAUUUGCAUAAUUUGAUUUCAGCCUCACUUUUAAGUGAAUCAUUACAAUCUAAUCUUUUGCAACAUCUGGGCGUGUCACCCUGGUCUUCGGAUACUAAUACUUGGCCUUUACAAGUGUAUCCCAGCACACUUUCAGUUUUGGUGCAAAUUUUGCUACUUAAACCCACACAAGAAAAGGAAGCUGCUUGUCUCUCGGUUUGGCAUCGUUUAAUAAACACUUUAGUAGAGGGAGUUUGUGGUACUUCAUCAACAAAUCCUCCCACUAAUGUAGAUUAUGAAGACCUUAACAUGGAACAUGCCCAACUGCUACUGUUCCUUUAUCAUUCGUUAAAUCUCAUGCAAAAGAAAUCUAUACUUUUGCUAACAGCUGGUGGUGUUAUACGUUGUGCAGAAGUUUGUCGUGAUAUAUCCGCCGAGAAACCUAUACGAAACAGUCAAAUGAUGUUGUUAUCACGUCUGUUAUUGUUUUUGGAAUAUUUAAUGAAACAUUUGUAUAAUGCCCCACCCGAACUAUUGGAUCAAGUGCGUUGGAAUCUUUUCAGCAUUAGUACCAUGCACGAAAAUCAGAAGAUAUCGGAUUUACUUAAUAAUAAAACCAAACUUACAUCAUUUUGUCGUAAAGAUAUUGAAGAUGAGUUCCGUAAAAAUUGCAUGUCAAAUAUACGACCCACUUUCUAUUCUCUAACCAUUGUCAAUGAUUCUGGCUCAUCUUCUGCUGUUCAAGAUUUCAAAUUGGAUGGUCUAGCUUGGAAUUUUAUCUUAUGUACACCAGACAAACUCAAAUAUCCUCUAUUGGUGGAUGCUCUUAUCGAUAUUCUAAGCAUUACGGAUAUGACCUUAUCAUGGCAUUCCCGCGAUAGUACUCAUACUCUUUGCGCCAUACGCUAUUGCUUUGGUAUAUGUUGGAAAUUACUAUUGGGUUUACCACCUUCUACAACACACGUAGAACAAUUACAACUGGAUAAAGUACCCAAUUUACAUUCACUUAUUUGGUCUAUACGUUGUCCAACAUCACACUAUUUAAUCGUCAAUAGUUUGAUUAAACAGGGCAUGUAUACACAAUUUGCCGAAACUUUAUGGAAUAAUAUAUCGGAUCGUGUUAGUGAUAUACGUUUCAGUCUCAAGCAGACUAUUAUGGGCAUAGAGGCCUGUAAUGAGCACAUUAAUAAGACUAAUCCUCCUCUAUCAUAUAUUGUACUAUUGGACGCAUUACUCUCGCAUAUGCAUGCUAUAGCCUGGGCUGAAAAAGAGGGUAUUAAACCCCUAAGAGCUUCAGCUUCGAGUGGUGCUGCCGCUGCAAGUCCUACUACUUCUGGUAAUUCUCCAAUAUCAGCUGGAGGUUCAGCAAAUAAUGAUGAAUCGUACGCAUCUACCGCUUUUGAUAGCAAUGAACAAAAAGGUGAUUACGGCAACAAUUCUGCAGCCCUACAUGAAAGGCAACAAUCGAGCAAAGAACUGCUACAAAUGUUAGUAAACACCUUCUAUAUCUUGAGAGAUAUAAUAAGACACAAAAUGGUACAAAUACUACCCUUGGCCAAUACAACACCAGACAAUAUACUAGAGUGUAUUUUAUGUAUUGUGAAUUCGAAAAAUUCCUAUUGUUCGGAAUUAAGUGAACAAUUUUUAAAAUUGUUAGAUAAUAAAAAUAAGGAGGUUAUAACCGGAGAUUGGACUGAAUUUUUACCGGUAUCGGAGAGCCUUAUAAGCAAUACCACCAAUACACAACAGUAUCCGGUGGAGGAAUACACUUUAUCGGUUAUCGAAGCUCACAUUAAAGAAUUGACUCAUGACAACUACUACUCCACUUUGAAUUCUUUCAAGCAUUGUCUGAAAAGUUUAUUUAGUUUAAUGAAUUUACUAUUGAACUCCAGUCAACAAGAUGCUGCUUGUAUAACAUUUGUUGAGAAUUUACUUAAACCAAUUAUUAUUGAAACUAUCAUGGAUGCACGCAUGGAAUACGUCUAUGACAUUAGUGAAACUUGCUGGCAGACACUAAUGAAAGGAGUGGAACAAGCACAAGAUCAACAACAAUUAAUGUCUUAUAAAUAUAUAUUAAAAUAUCAUUAUCGUUUCCUUAUGGAAUAUGCUGACGAAAUGAGAAGUCCCUCCGCCUCUUCCAGUCAAAGUGUUAUUUUCAAUGAAUCAUUAUUAUUUGCAGUUUUAAAAUCAAUGACUCAAAUGUUAGAAAAACCCAUGGGUGUGAAAGCCAUUCGCCAAUUCUUUACACAAAAAACCAAUGAGGACAAUACAGCAGCUAAGACACCCAGCUUGGUGGAUUUGUUGCUAUCAUUUACUGGAACUAAUCUGUCCAUGUUGUAUGCUCGUAAAUUGUUGCAAUUUAUAGAGAAAUUAUUCCAAACAGCACAACAACCAGAUUCACUAUUUCCACAGGAAGAAUUGAUACAAUGCUUUGCAGAAUUAUCUAACAUAGAACAGCAGCGCAUAAAAUCAUGGUUGACUCAUAUAAUUUAUGGGCCACAGAGCGCUCAAAGUUCUUCCCAACAGUUGGACACACAAAUUGAAAAAUUGCCUACUACCACAGGCACGGGAGCGGCAGCAACAACCUCUAGCACUCCCUCAAGCAAUGCCCAGACACCCACAAAUAUGGCCACCAAUUCAGCCAUACCCAGUUUAUCCGAACAAUUGGGUAAUCAAUCCUCAGCCUUGGAUAAUGCCGAAGCUAUGGAUAUAGACGAUGACAAUGCCACUGGAAAUGCUACACAACCAGUAGCUCAACAAAGCAGCCUCCAGACAGUACAAUCUUUAAGUUUGUGGCCUCAGCCUCCUACUCCUGGCAAUAGUUUCAUGGCAACAAACCAGUCGGAACCCAUGUCAACACAAGACGAUCAAUUGGCCCAACAACAGCAAUCAGAACGUAAUGGCUGUUUGUUGUUAAAUGUCAUUAAAUACAUAGUACAGGAUGGUAAAGGUGGUCCCAAUGGAGUAGCCAUGCUACUUUUCCAAUCCCUGCUACAACUGGGUCAAUCUCUUAUAACACCCUCUCCCCAAGAAACUAAUGAUUUCUCUGACAUUUUACAAAUCAUGAUCUGCUUGGCCGAUUGUGCCCAGGGUAAAGGACAUUCUACUCUUUUUAAUGCCACCAUUAUGUGGUUGGAAAUAACAAAAUUCCAAGUAUUAGAAAAAGCACAAACUCUUACGUGUUCCCUCAUAAUGCCCUCAACUCUACUAGAAAAUAUUAAUGCCCUCUUGAGGUAUCUACACGAAUUGCUACAAAGUCUAGGCUAUCGCGGCAGUAAAUUUCAACAGCAACCUCCCUGGGAUGAUGAUAUACAAACGGAUUUAGAAGAUCUAAUGGACGAUUUGGCCAAUGAUCAACAGGGCGAUGAAGAUUCCUUUGUGGAAGAUUCCGACGAAGACAGUCUCAACAAUAAAUUAUGUACUUUCUCAUUGACCCAAAAGGAAUUUAUGAAUCAACACUGGUAUCACUGCCACACCUGUAACAUGGUAAACACUGUGGGCGUUUGUUCUGUAUGUGCCCGAGUUUGUCAUAAAGGUCAUGAUGUCAGUUAUGCUAAAUACGGCAAUUUCUUUUGUGAUUGUGGAGCUAAAGAGGAUAACACCUGUCAAGCUUUGCGCAGACGUUUGGCUACCGGUCUCUCAGGCUUAGAGUCUAGGCAACAGAAUGAGUACUCGUCCUCUUCCGGGAACUACAAUAAUUCUUCAAGUUUGUCACAAUCGAAACGUUCACAAACACCUCCUACCCAGAGUUGUUUAACAACACAGCAACAAGGUCAAAGCAGUAAUGCCGGUUUUGGAGCAUCCAAUACACCCGGAUCAGGCUCUAAUUUCCUAACAUCCACUUCACUAACCAACGAGCGUAUUUCUUUAUUAUCAAAACUUUUGGAAUCUUCCAAAGAAAAUCUACAAAAUGCCGAACAAUGGACAGUGAUUGUGAAAUGUAUACUCGAUUUCUUCGAUGUACUAAUGCCUGCCAUUAAGGAAAAUUGCGAUCUCUUUUCUAUAGUUGGCUGCCAUAAGAGAGCAAAGGCAGCCUUAUUGCGUCUACACAUGGGUGAACAAACUUUCCAACAUACUGAUCAGUUAAUGCAGCCAACAUUGGGCUCUCAAGAAGGAGCCUUUGAAAAUGUGCGCAUGAGUUAUUCCGGCGACCAAGGACAAACUAUUAAACAGCUGUUGUCUUCGGGUCUAGUACGAAGAGUAGCCUUAUGUUGUCUAUCCUCACCACAUGGCAAGCGCCAACAUUUGGCGGUAUCUCAUGAAAAAGGAAAAGUCACCAUUUUACAAUUAUCUGCACUACUUAAACAGGCUGAUGCCGCUAAACGGAAACUAACUUUGACUCAACUAUCAUCGGCUCCCAUACCGUGUACGGUCUUAUCUUUAACCGCCAAUCCUGCCAACGAGGAUUACUUAGCUGUUUGUGGCCUGAAGGAAUGUCAUAUUUUGACCUUUACCACUACGGCUGCCACAAGUGAUCACAUUGUUUUAACUCCCCAAUUGGAGAAUGGCAAUUUUAUUAAAAAGGCCCUCUGGUUGCCGGGUUCACAAACUAUGUUGGCUUUGGUCACCGCAGACAAUGUUAAAAUUUAUGAACUCUCCGAAGAUACUUAUAGUCCCAAAUACUACUUCUUGGUAGCCGUGGGUAAAAUACGCGACUGCUGUUUUGUUUAUCAGGAUGGUGUCUAUUAUAUGUUGAUUAUAGCCUCCUCGGGCUAUAUCUACUACCAGAAAUUGGACGAUCAAUCCUUGGCCAAACAUGGUGAUUUCUAUGUUACUAAUACUCUAGAAUUAAAUCACAUACAAAUCAGAGAUGUUAAUGGUCAAGUAGGUGGUGGUGGAGUCUCCAUUUACUACUCACACAUCUUACAAAUGCUGUUCUUCAGUUAUUCGGUGGGCAGAAGUUUUGUUGCUCCUCUAACCGAUGUCAACAAGGGUGUUAAGUCUAUUACCCAUUUACAAACAUCACCAGCUUCAAAGAAUUCUUCUAAGGGUCCGCCCCAACCUUUGUGUCAAUGGACUGAGAUACCCGGCCAUCCUGGUUUAAUAUGUGCCAUGAUGCACACUUCCAAUAAUCCAGUUAUAUUCAUGUUUACACCCGAUCGCAUUAUAAUGCAAGAGAUAAAGGCUCAAUCUUCAAAAUCACGCAUUAUGGACAUGGUGGCCAUACGUCAUACGGUGGCAGGUGUAGAGAAAACUACCCUUAUAUUACUUUGUGAAGAUGGUAGUUUAAGAAUUUUCACUGCUCAUCAAGAAUCUACAUCAUUUUGGUUAUCGCCUCAAGUACAGCCGCUCAGCAAUCAAUUGUACACCUCCAGCUUAAGCAAUCGAACACCUUGUUCGGGCAAUAAUGCCAAGAAAUCUAAACGUAAAUCAAGUCAUCAACAGAAAACCAUAGGACCCAAUGGCAAUCCCAUAUUCCCUAUAGAUUUCUUUGAACAUUGUACCAUGUUACCCGAUGUAGACUUUGGUGGUAAUGAUUUGUUGCAGAUCUAUAACAAACAAAAACUGAAAUCACGACUUUUCUCUAAUAACGGCAUGUUUGUGGCCUCCACCAAAAGCACAGGCUUUACUUUGGAGGUCUACAAUAAUGAUCCCAAUAUGGUAAUUGUGGGUAUACGUGUCUUACUAGGCACACAAGAUCCUCAUCGUACGCCCCAAAGUGUUACAAUUUUGGGCAGAACUAUACCUACACCGGUGCGCCGGGCUCGCUGGUUUGAUAUACCCUUGACCCGUGAGGAAAUCCUGCAAUCGGAUAAAUGCUUGAAAGUAGUAUUUGGUAAAUCACGUGACCCUGAAAAUGUCAGCAUGCUGGAUUCCAUAGAGGUUUAUGGUAAAUCUAAAGAUUUGGUAGGCUGGCCAGAUGAUACCGAUGAAGUGGCAGGCGGUCAGACUACAACAAAUGUUGCCGCCAAUGGCACCAACACCACCGCUAAUUAUGGAGCAAUGGGUUCUUCAACCACCACCUAUGAGGGUUAUAACUCUAUAACACAACUUGAUAAAAUGGUAACUAUUUUACUCGAAGUACUCGAUUGUUCUCUAAGUCUUUUGGGUCAAGGAAAUAGUGCUGUACUCUCAGCAGCUAUUAAACAAAAAGCCACUAAGACAGCUACAUCAUUGUUGCUGUUGCCCACAGCUAAUCAAGUGCAAGUACAAUCCCGCUAUGUUUUGGCCACACUGUUUGGCAACCGUCAGGCCUAUCACAACUACAAAGAUUAUGAAAUGUUGGUGUAUGUCCAUAAUGAAUUACAGACUUUAAAAACAAAACUUGACUCUCGGGAAAGUUUACGGGAUAUUGAUCCCGAAGCCUUUUACCGUUUGGUUCUAAUGGUACGCGGUAUUGCCACCGCCAGACCACAGAGUCUUACGAAAAUAUGUCUCGACAAUAAAUUCGAAAUUAUUUCCGAUUUAAUGGAAUUUGUAGAAAAACUAUAUGAAAUUACACCCGAAAUUGAUGAACCAACUUCGAUGGUCAGACAGGGUCUCUCACAUACCGAAACUAUAGUCCAUUGUUUAGUGGAAAUAAUGCAUGCUUUUGCUUUGGCCGAUAUAAGUCAAGUGGAACGUGUUACUUUAAUGUUUAUAGCUUUGCUAAAAAAUGAAUCCAGUGUUAUAUCGCACAGUGCUAAAGAAGCCAUCAUUUUAAGAUUAAGUCCCAGAGCUAAAAGACGUAAGGUGGCAAUAAUAACACCACCAGUGUGUUCAACACCCACACCACCAGCACUAUCCACCACUACAUCUGUUAGUCGACCUGUGGUUGGUUCAGUGCCCAGUAAUGAAGAUGAUGCUUUAGACGAGGCGGCCGGUAUAGUUAAUCCUGCGGUGGCAGCUGUUGGAGGCGGUUCAUCAUCACCACCUUCUUCGGUGCAACGCAGUAGUAGCUCGGAAUAUGUAGCUGGUGCAGGAGCUGCAGCCAAUGAUCCCAACGUUAUGGUCGAUCCCUUAGAGGCGUUUAUGGGUAGUGGUUUUCCACAAUUACUCGGUUUACAACAGGAUGCUGAUGAUGAAGCCAUAAUGGAUAUUGCUAUAGCUUUAAGUCUACAGCAACACGAUGCUCCCGGCGGUGAGCCUGGUUUACAACAUUUGCAACAGGGUCUUUCUAAUCUGCAAGGUAUGCGUAAUGCUGCCGCUCAAUUGCAACAUGCACAACAACAAUUACAAGGUGUAAACGCAGCUGGUGGUGGUAGCGCUGCUGUUGUUGGUAGUGCCGGUGGUGUUGGUGGAGGCGUUGCUGCUUCCUCCGCAGCUGGCUCUGACGAUGAAGGUUCUAAUGUUGCUACCGAUGGUUCAACACUGCGCACCUCUCCCGCCGAACCGGUGGGUAGUGGUGGUUCCGAAAGUGGAGGUAGUGGCGUUGAAUCAAUUGGAGGAACUUCAGGACGUAGCAGUACCUAUGGUGAUGGUGGCGCUACUGCCUCACCACCUCGUGCCAGCGGUGUUAGUUUAGCUAGCGGCAGUAGUGUGGUAAAAGGUGCUGUUGGUGGCUCACUAUCUAGUGCAGUUAUUGCUGAAAUGCCUACUACAAGUCGUGCUGCAUUGGAAGCGAGUCAUAGUAAUGAUACAGAAGAAAAUGAUGCUACCGAUGAUGAGAAAUUAGCCAAAUUGCAUGAUUUAAGAAUUGCUAUUUUGGAAAGUAUUAUCUCAAAUAUCAACACACUGGAUGACUGUAAUGGUUUGCAAGCCAUACCAUUAAUACAAGUUAUACUCAUGUUGACCACCGACUUGAAUGGCAACAAUGAACGUGAUCAAAAGAUACUCAAUGAUCUAUUAACAGCUUUAGUGGAUUACGUUGAAAUGGAUUCUAUACCUACAGCCUCCAAGAUGAAAGACAAAAGUCAAAAGAAUGAAGUACGUCUGGCGUUACUCUCCCUAUUUGGCGUUCUUAUGGGUAAAACUAAAUCCAAACAAGCUGGCACCACUUCACCACCUCAUCAAUUCAAAGAUAAUGCCUCAUUUGUGGCCAGUACUACUGCUAGUAUAAUGAGCAACAAUGGUGCAUUUACUUUCUGUUUGGUCGUAAUGGAAUCAUUGCAGCAGCAUUGGAAACGUGUCUCAAAUGAAAAUGCCAACAAUUUGCCAAGUGGUGCUGUAAGUGCUAUUGCCAGUGGACCGGGUAAUAAUGCCAGCACCCCAGUUGUUACCGGUUCUGCAGUAACACCUUCACAAAAUAGUCUUUUAAAACCAGUACGCUAUGGUCCCAAACCGGAUUUGUCUACACUAAUACCACAUAAUUAUCUCAAAAAUUAUCCCGAUAUAUUUGAAUCGUACGAUGCUCUAUUAACUGAAAUAUCCGUACGUUUACCUUAUCAAAUUUUACGUCUAUCUGCCACUCAUCCUGGCACCUAUGAUUGGUAUCAUGAUUAUUGUGAAAACAUGACCUACACCUUGUGCGAAUAUAUGAUGCUUAAUUUGAAUGCUUUGUUGCGAAGACAAGUACGCAAGCUGUUAAUGUAUAUCUGCGGCAAUAAGGAGAAAUUCCGUAUGUUCCGUGAUGGUCAUUCGUUGGAUGUACACUUUAACUAUGCUAAAAAUUUGUGCAAUCUUUAUAAUACUGUUAAUAUGGUCUUAACAAAUCAAUCUAUACCCAUUCUAAGUUACGACUCACUCGUCGAGUUUACCGAACAUCUAAGAACAUGCCAGGAAAUAAGUCAAAUACGCACUGGAAAUUGGCAAAAAUUCUGUCUCAUUCACGAAGAUGUCAUACCAGUUCUCAUAGAAAUUGCCUGUUAUCAACUGGAUGAUGGUGUUUCACCCAUAAUAUUACAACUUUUACAAGCAGCCCUCUGCAAUAAUAUACAAGCUGUUAAGCAACAACAGCAAUCAGAAACAGCAAAUGGUGCGUCGUCGACAGCCUCGGGUUCAAAAAUGCGUUCAGAUCGUGAUAAAUCGGAAGAAAUUGAAAUGUCUUUCGACUCGAAAUUCGAUGCUACCCACUGUACAACAUUUGUUCAUCAGAUAUUCCGUUUUGUCUCUGAUACUUUGUUAAAUAAAUUUGUGCGUAUCUUUUUGUUGGAAACUAAUAUUACAUCCCUAAGAUGGCAAGCCCAUUCCUUAAUUUAUGCCAUUUAUGAUUAUGCCAAUGAUAGGCAAAAGGAAAAAUUGAUUAGCAUUUUGUGGAAUAUGUGGCCUUUGGUGCCACAAUUUGGUCGCAGGACGGCACAAUUUGUGGAUAUUUUGGGUUAUCUAACCCUAAGCACCAAGACCAUAACCGAGCGCCUGCCCGAGUUUACUGAAAAAGCAGUGGAGGUGUUGAGACAACAAAAUGAUUUGUUAAGCAAACAUCCAAAUGCUUCGAUUUACACGGCUUUGGAACAGAUCUUACAAAUGAAUGGUUAUUAUUUGGAAUCUGAACCCUGCUUGGUUUGUAAUAAUCCUGAGGUGCCCAUGGCCAAUAUAAAAUUGCCCACCAUUAAAACGGAUACGAAAUUUACGACUUGCACCAUGAUUGUAAAACUGGUGCAAUGUCACACCAUUUCCAAAUUGAUAGUACGCAUAGCUGACCUAAAACGCACCAAAAUGGUGAGAACUAUUAAUAUAUAUUAUAACAAUCGCACGGUGCAAGCGGUGGUAGAAUUGAAGAACAAACCUGCCAUGUGGCAUAAGGCCAGAACAGUUACUUUGCAAUCGGGACAAACCGAAGUGAAAGUCGAUUUUCCUUUGCCCAUAACAGCCUGCAAUUUAAUGAUUGAAUAUGCUGAUUUCUAUGAAACCGUAACGGGUUCAUCGGAGAAUCUACAAUGUCCACGCUGCAGUGCUGCUGUACCCUCAUAUCCUGGUGUCUGUGGCAAUUGCGGUGAGAAUGUAUUCCAAUGCCACAAAUGUCGUGCUAUUAAUUAUGACGAAAAAGAUCCCUUCCUGUGUCAUUCGUGCGGUUUUUGCAAAUAUGCUAAAUUUGAUUUUAGUAUUUAUGGACGCGUUUGCUGUGCUGUGGAUCCUAUAGAGUCGGCUGAAGAUAGAGCAAAGACCGUGCAAAUUAUACACUCCUCCUUGGAGAGGGCAGAUCGUAUUUAUCGCCAAUUGCUGGCUAAUAAACAAAUGCUGGAAUUAUUAUUACAGAAAUACGCCGAACAUGGUUCUUCGGAUCGUUUAAUGGACGAAAGUUUGGGCACUAUACACAGCACUUCCCAAGUGAACAAAAUUAUACAAUUUUUGGCUCAGAAAUACUGUGUGGAAUCACGUUCUUCUUUCGAGGAGUUGUCCAAGAUAGUGCAAAAAGUAAAGGCAUGUCGCAGUGAACUGGUGGCCUAUGAUCGCAGUCAAAUGGAUCAAACUAACUUGCCUCAUACACCCGAUAAGAGAGAUAAUAUUAAUAUCAAUAAAUGCUAUGGUUGUGCUUUAGCAUCCACCGAACAGUGUUUAACUUUAUUACGGGCCAUGGCUUCGAACUAUGACUGCCGUUUGGUACUGUAUAGCCAAGGUCUAGUAGAAGAAUUGGCCCAACAUAAUCUACGCCGUGGUACAGCCCAAAUACAAGAUGAAGUACGCAAUCUAUUGGUUUUAUUAACCAAAAACAAUAAGGAUGCCUGUUUGAAUUUACUGGAACUAAUAAAUGAAAGAGUGAAAUCUGCUCUCUUGGGAUCCAUACCCCUUUCCAACAUUGAUUCAGCUAUUUAUCAUGAAAUGGAGCUGUUAAGAGUUUUGAUAUCACAAGACGAUUUCUGUUGGGAACAAAAACUUAAAAUAGUUUUUGAAUUAUUCCUAAACACCUGUCGUUGUCCACGUGGCCCUGCCUAUUCAGUUAUACAGCCUUGUUUACACAUAAUGUUGAAGCUAAUAUCGCCUACCAUACCAUCGACUAAACUUAAUCGUGACUUAAGCCCUUCGGCCUUGUCCUCCAUAAAUUGUAUAGAAGGUUUGAGUGUUGAUUUCCAAAAAUGGCUACAAAACGAUCCUCAACAUUCAUUUGAGGCCUGGAAGUCGCGCAUGCCCGCCAAUACGCUCAAAGAUCAAACUAAGAGUUAUAAGGCCUUUGUGGCUGCAGCUGCUCAAAACUCUUUGCAAGAUGAAAACAUUUUGGCAGCGGUAUUACAAUCUGUGCAAUCUUCCGAACAACAAAUGAUGAACAAUAAACCACCCGAUAGACAAUCCUCACAAGAACCUCCCAACACGCCACCAGCUUCUGCCCAAACGGCUGAAACAAGGGAAGCCCGUAAGAAACAGUCCCGUAAGAAGUAUUUGCAAGAGAAAUAUGGUCAAAGAUGGCGUUUGAAGAUAUUAAAUGAUGGUAAACCUUUGAAACCUCUGCAACUAACAGCCACCUGGCUGCAGCCCAUACUGUUCAAUAACAAUUCAAGAUUCCGUCGGCCUUUGGUGUGCACUCUUAUCACUGUGCUCAGUAGGACCCAUGAUAGAAAGCGAGAGAUUUUGAAUUUACUUACCUCCUUCUUGAAGUAUGUAGGUGAAGCUGGCGAGGCUAGCACAGAUUUCCUUUCGCUCUACCGUCUCUUGGCUAUCGAUACACCUUGGCGCCAAUACUUGGCCCUAAAAGGAGUGCUCAUAGAAAUUUCUCAAUUGUUAACAGAUGAAAUAAAGAAAAUACAUCGUCUGGAAGAAACUACACUCUCGUCCGAUCUUUCACAAGGUUACGCUUUAAGACAAUUUGUGGAACUUUUGGCUCUCUUCUUGGAAAAUCCCCAGAUAAGACAGGUGUACAAAACACGCCUAUUGGGGCCAGUUUUGGAGGGUUAUUUGUCAUUGCGCAAAUUGGUUGUGCAAAGAACUCGUCUAAUCGAUGAUGCCCAAGAAAAACUCCUGGAAAUGUUGGAGGAAAUGACUAGUGGUACGGAGGAAGAAACAAGAGCCUUUAUGGAAAUCUUAAUAGACACUGUAGUAAAGACACCCAUGAAGGAUAUAAAAACUCCAGUCUUUAUAUUCGAACGUUUAUAUUCUAUAAUACAUCCAGAGGAAAAUGAUGAAUCUGAAUUCUUUAUGACCCUGGAAAAGGAUCCACAACAGGAGGACUUUUUGCAGGGACGCAUGUUGGGUAAUCCGUAUCCCUCUACAGAACAGGGUUUGGGCCCUCUAAUGCGUGACAUAAAAAAUAAAAUAUGCACUGACUGUGAACUCAUAGCGUUGUUAGAAGAUGACAAUGGCAUGGAAUUGCUGGUCAACAACAAGAUAAUCAGUUUAGAUUUGCCCGUAAAAGAUGUCUACAAGAAGAUAUGGUUGGCAGAGGGUGGCGAAAGAGAUGCCAUGCGUAUUGUUUAUCGUAUGCGUGGUCUUUUGGGUGAUGCCACCGAAGAAUUUGUUGAGACUCUUAAUAAUAAAUCACAAGAAGAGGUCGAUACCGAACAGCUCUAUCGUCUCGCCAAUGUUCUGGCCGAUUGUAAUGGUCUCAAGGUUAUGCUGGAUCGCAUAGGCAGUCUACAAAACAUAACCCGUUCACGUGAAUUGAUUCAAGUACUUUUGAAACUGUUCUUAAUAUGCGUUAAGGUGCGACGCUGCCAAGAGGUGUUGUGUCAACCGGAAUUGGGCGCCAUUAACACUUUGUUGAAAGUGUUGCAAAUGUGCCUACAAUCCGAGUCGGAUUCUUUGCAAUCAUCUGUUACCGAACAAUUACUGGAGAUAAUGGAAACCAUAUUAUCGAAGGCAGCCAGUGAUACCUUAGAUUCUUUCCUGCAAUUCUCCUUAACAUUUGGUGGUCCCGAAUAUGUAACAGCUCUUAUCUCCUGCACCGAAUGCUCAAAUGUGCGCAAUAAUUCUUCGGUGCUUAGACAUCUUAUACGUGUUUUGGCUGCUCUAGUCUAUGGCAAUGAAGUUAAAAUGGCUUUGUUGUGUUUCUAUUUCAAAGACAUUUUAGAUUUUGAUAAAUUCGAUGCAGAACGCUCGGCAGAGGAAGAAUUUAAACUGGAAUUGUUCUGUGUGCUGACCAAUCAAAUUGAACAUAAUUGCAUAGGCGGUACCCUUAAGGAUUACAUUGUAGGUUUGGGUAUAGUGGAGAAGGCAAUAGAUUAUAUAACACGUUAUGCGCCCUGUGUAAAACCCACAUUACUGCGCACCGACUCCGAUCAGUUGAAGGAGUUUAUCUCACGUCCUUCUCUUAAGUAUAUCUUAAGAUUCCUAACCGGCUUGGCCACCAAACAUGAAGCUACUCAGGUGGCUAUUAGCAAGGAUAUUAUACCCAUAAUACACCGCUUGGAACAGGUGUCAUCCGAUGAACAUGUUGGCAGUUUGGCUGAAAAUCUUUUAGAGGCUUUAUGCACCGACACGGCCACUGCGGCACGUGUACAAGAAGUACGAGACUUUACCCGCGCCGAAAAGAAACGUCUGGCCAUGGCCACUAGAGAGAAACAACUAGAUGCUUUGGGCAUGCGAACCAACGAAAAGGGUCAGGUUACAGCUAAGGGUUCUAUAUUGCAAAAGAUUGAGAAACUACGUGAUGAAACCGGUUUAACCUGUUUCAUUUGCCGCGAAGGCUACGCCUGUCAACCUGCCAAAGUCUUGGGUAUUUAUACCUUCACCAAGCGUUGCAAUGUAGAAGAGUUUGAGCUGAAAUCACGCAAGACUAUAGGUUACACCACGGUGACCCAUUUCAAUGUGGUUCAUGUGGAUUGUCAUACUUCGGCUAUAAGAUCUGCACGUGGACGUGAUGAAUGGGAAAGGGCCAGUUUGCAAAAUGCCAACACACGUUGCAAUGGUUUGCUGCCACUUUGGGGUCCUGAUGUAUCCGAAGCCGCCUUCUCUGGCUGUAUGACUCGUCAUGCCAGUUACAUGCAGGAGAGUACUCAGCGCUGCGACAUUUCCUACACCAACAGCAUACACGAUCUUAAAUUGCUGCUAAUGCGUUUUGCCUGGGAGCGCAGUUUCCAUGAAGAUGCUGGCGGCGGUGGUCCACAGUCGAAUAUGCAUUUUGUUCCCUAUCUACUCUUCUAUGCUGUCUAUCUAUUGCUCUCUUCACGCUCUGCUGCACGCGAUAGUAAAACCUUACUUACUUAUCUUACGGCUGCUGCCUCAGAGAAAUGGCUAGAGAGCGCUUAUGAGGUAGAGGGGCCUCUCUACAUGCUUACCGUAUCGUUGGCUCUACACUCUCACGAAACUUGGCAAAAGCAUCGUAUAGCUCAUUUGAAACGUCUCAUAGCGGUUGCUCAAGCCCGUCAUAUAUCACCUUCGGUUAUAUGCAAAGCUCUGCUAUCACCUGCCGAUCGAAAAGAAAAGGAAUAUAGCGUUUAUAAACCUUUCCUAAUGAUGUGGGCCAUUUUGGAUCUCAUUUACAACACCCUCUUCAAGAGCGUCGCCACACCCAAAGAGGAGGACUGGUCCAUUUCGCUAUUCAAUUACAUUAGGAAAAACGAUGAAACUAUGUUGAAACAUACCGAUUCGAUUUUGGAAACCUUUACCGAUGACUUUUUGCCCUGUACAUCCUUUGAAGAAUUUUGUGAUGUAGCCGGUCUCUUUGGUGACAUUGAAAAUCCACAAUCGUUUAUUGAAGAAGUGUUGCAAACAUUACCCACAUCGGUACCCGCCUCCUCUUCGUCGUCAUCAUCUGCUAAUUAACAGCCAAUAGAGAAUGCUGAUGAAUACCAUAGAAAUGAACGAAUACAAGAAUACGAAAACGAUAUAUUAAUUACACUCUAUAAAAUUAUUAUAUGAAAAGAAAAUUAAAUAAAUGAAUUUCAAUAUACAAAAAUAUAUGUUAUUAAACCUCUAUUAAUGUAUUGCUUCUAUUCACCACAUCCAUAACUAACACUUAAAUAUCAUAUAAUCAAGCCUACCCUCCCCAAUGCUUAAUAUUUAAAAAAAAGAAAAAAAAAUAUUGUAGUUUGUUCAUUAACCAAGCACCAUUAUUCAAUAAAUUAAUUAAUUGUUCGCAUAUAUAAAA